CCCUGACAGCGCUUUGAUAGGAAUAUCCUCCUACAGGGACGGACAAAAGUUGAGUCUGGCCUUCUCUCUCUCUCUCCGUCUCUCUCUCUUGUCUCCAUGCUGACAACAUCCUCGGAGUUUCCUGACACGCCUCACAUUUCUGGCUCCUCACCGUUGCCCCACCGACAGCCGGGAGACAGAAGUGAGGGAUAGGCAGUGGGCGCAGAGUUCGCCGGCGACGAAACUCGGUUGGGGGGGUUGGUGUCGUGUUUUGUCGCGUGGCGUUUGAAAGCAGCAGACAAGUGAGACGCGCUCAGCGUGCAGAAAGGGAGGAAAUGAACAAUGCAAGGGGGAAGUGAUCAGUAAUCUGCAAAAGCUCGCUGUCGGCCUCUGCUGCGAACAGCCCGUCUGGAUCUCAUUAUGGGUAAAUUAAUUUGGCACAGAGCCUCCGACCCAAACGUUCAUGAGCAAAUUGAGGAAGUGAGUGUGCCUCUGUGUGAUUACGGGAGCAGUGAAAAACAGUGAGAGAUGAUCCCAGCGAUCUGAAAGCCGCCAGCAGCCCAAACAUGGACAACGAGAUGACGGCCAAGGAGAGAGGCGUCCUGGAGGAGGACAACGAGAAGGAGGAGAUGGACCAGGAGCGGUCCCAGGAGGACGAGGGGGAAGAGAGGAAGCUGAGGGAGGAGGAAGGAGAAGGGGAAGGGCUGGAGAAGAGGAGGAAGGAGCAGGAAUUGCUGACGGAGGAGCAGGAGCUGGAGGAGCUGAAGGCCCAGGUCCUGCAGCUGCUGCUAGAGCUGGACGAGGCCAGGGAGACAUCCAACAAGCACCAGGAAAGUUUCCAUGAGUUGCAAGGUCUGCUGGAGGAUGAGCGAUUGGCCAGCGCCCAUCAGGCCGAGGCCUUCACUCGGCAGAUCCAGAAUCUACAAGCCCAGCUGCGCUCCGUGCAGGAGGAGAUGAACAGUUUGGAGGAGGAGAAGGAGAGCGAGCUGGCCGAGGCCCAGGAGGAGCUGCGCGUGGCCCAGGAGGAGGUGCUCCUGCUCCAGCAGGCGGCGGAGGAGGCCGCCGCCGAGCGCGAGAACGACAUCGCGUCGCUGCAGGAGGAGCUGUGCCGCAGGCGGGCCGAGCUGCAGCGCCUGACCGAGGAGACCCAGGAGUACGAGCUGGAGAUCACAACGCUGAGGGCGGAGAUCAGCAUGAAGAGCCAGCGGCGGGAGGCCGAGAGGAGAGAGGGUGAUGUGGACCUUCUGAAGGAGGAGUGCCGUAUGCUGCGGGAGGAGUGUCAGACCCUGAAGGAAAACAACAGGGGGCUCACAGAGAAGCUGCAGCUGCUGCACAGACAGAGAACCUGCUCCAGCGUCUAUCUGUCACUCAAAGAGGAGGAUGCAGCGGAGGGCGAAGAGGUGAAGGAGGGCGAGGCCGGCUCGGGUGAGGUCACGACCGGGAGUUACAUGACCAUGACCCAGUCUGAGAACUGUCGCCUGGUGGAUGCCUCCAUUCAGAAGAACAUCUCUUUUGACGGGAAGCCGGUGACGCCGACGAGCUGGAGCGGCGGGAUCGGGGAGAUCUUCUCACUGAGAGACCAGCUGAAGCAGGCCGAGGAGAAGGCCUCGCAGGUCCAGAGAGAGUGUGACGGUCUGAAGAUGGAGCUGCAGGAGCUGCAGAUUCUGUACGACAGCAGUCAGAGGGAGAGGGCGGAGCUGGAGGAGGAGCUGCAGCGCUGCAAGGCGGAGCUGCAGAAGCUGUCAGGUGGUUCUCAGAGAUUCAUCCAUCCAUCUGAGCACCCUGUUCUCUCCAUCCCCUUCGUAGGAAUGAUUAUAAUUGUGGCUGUGGUCUGGUGCUGGUUGUCGGAGCUGGCGUCCCAGAGAGCAAGGGGAGUGAGGUAGGUUGGAACUCCAUUGUGACUCUCACCGCAGCCACCGCCCUGCUACUGGCAAUGGCCGGCUUGUUGAGAGCUCUCGUCCGGUGCUGAUUGGAUGGGACGGACG